AUGAAACUUGCCUCACCCAGUAAGAACAGCAGCAGUAGUAGUAGCAAUAGCAACAGUCACACACCCGUCGUACCAGCUACACCACCAGUGAAUCGUCGUCCACGUGCUCAAAGCAUGCAUCAUUUUGGUGAGAAAUGCACUGUAUCUCGCGAAUGUUGUAGUUCUGGCUCAUUUGUGAGUAAACUAUAUCGUAUGGUUGACUCAGAACCUUCGACAAUUGUCUCGUGGUGUCGAGGCGGUAGUGCAUUUUGUAUCGUAGACCCCAAGAUAAUGGCAGAGCAUUGCUUGCCUAAAUACUUUCGUCAUCGACGUUUUUCAAGUUUGAUUCGUCAAUUGAACUUUUAUAGCUUUUAUCGCGUUCAGGAAGGCCAAUUGACUAUCUACCAACACUCAUUCUUUCGUAAAGGUCGUCCUGAUUUGCUCGUACACAUUAAACGUCGUGGAGCUGGUAAAGCGAAGGAUCCAUGGUUUGAUCCUCUAGCCCAUACAAGCAGUAAAGCACCGGAACUUCCAGUUGGCAGCCGGACGCUGACCCCCACGAACAAUGCACAGACACCACCUACGAUAACCCUGAGUUCUUUGGGUCUUGCUUCAUGUUACUCACCGAUGGCUAAGCCCGUCGCACUAGACAAUAUGUCACCUGCACUAAAGCCUGCUAUGGUACAGGUCAGUCCACCUUUGGUUGAUCUGGGAAACUCAUAUUUGGGGGAUGGCCUGGUGAAGAAGGAUGUGGACAAUGCAUAUUUGAUGUCGUCCUCGAUACUUAAUACGAAGAAUGAUCUCGUGUUGGGCGAUAUAAUCGACCCGAACCUGUCACUUUCUAAGACAUCGAGUGGUUUGUCCGCACCGUUGGACAUUGACAUUCAAGACUUUCUUACGGAUGACUGCAAUAUUACACCAGGUCAGAUUGACGACCGUCUAUGCGGUGGUAUGAAUUUGAACAAAUGUGCGAUGGUUUCUCGAGACUGUCUUAAAUUUGAUGAUCCGGAAAGCAUUGAGUCGUCGCCUGUACUGACUAGCGAAGAGGAUCCAGAGCCGCUGAAUUUUGCGAAUGAAGUGCUCAUGGAUUUUGCUAACGUGGAACCGGAUGCAUGGGAGGCACCGUUGUCGCCGUUGAACGACGAGGAGGACGUGAUGCCGUGGUUGGACUUGUGUUUCUAG